AUGUCAAUCAUGUUGCGACUUGCUUCAGUUGUCUCUCUCCUUGUGGGAUAUGGUCGUGCCAUCAGUCCCGAAUCUGCUGCGGAAUUCGGCUACCCAUCAGGCGUUGACGUUUGGUGUGGAAAGGCAUAUAGAGCUACUAAUGGAUCGUUCGAACCUGGGGGAUGGCUUGAAGAACCCGCUCUGUCAUCCUCGCCCCUUUUGGAUCUCUCAAUACGCCCACGUCUAAAUCUCUACCUCGCUAGCGAAAACUAUGCUUCUGUCAUCAUCGAUGCUCCAAUUUCUUACAUACAUGGAGGAGCCUACGUCAAUGCUUCAUUCAACAAACAGGACAACAUCACAAGUCCCUUCACCAAACUUUUCGUUGACGUCGAAGUCGUUGAAACAGGGCAAAACUUGCUAUCAGGUCGCAAUAUUACCGUCAAUACGACCAGUAAUGAAUUUGGCUUCAGUUUGUCAGGUCUAAAACCUCGACUUGAGCCCUAUCAGAUCGUUAUCACAGGAGCAUCAGGUGAUGGGGCACAGUUCUAUUCUUCCACUACUGAUCUGUACUAUGUACCUGAGCGUACAGAUGGUGGUAGUGUAGCAAAGGUGGAUAGCUUAUAUGGCGGUUUGCUCGUGCAAGAUGUGUUUAGCGGCUCGACUCAGUGGACUCCACUAUUUCCGUACACUUUCUACACCUCUUGGGAUGGCUGGCUUGAGUUAAGUUUGGAUAAUAUCAGAGUGUUUAAAGACAAGGGUUACAACAUCAUCCACAUCGUUCCAAAUGCUGGAUUAGAUAAUAAAGCAUUCGAUUUUAAUGAACUUGAUACCUACCUUGACGUCAUGGAUGAGAUUGGACUUUGGCUAAUGUUUGACAUGAGAUGGACCUAUACCGUUAGCUCAAAUCGUUCCAAAAUUGACCAUUUCUAA